AUGUUGACAGCGAGGCAAUCGUACUUGCCGGUCCCAGGCAGCGCUACUCCUGGUGCCUCCAACUUAUUAUCCCGCUUGAUACCCAGACGAAGAAGCUUGCUUUGCACAAUCAUCCUCGUGUUUUUCUUUGCAAAUGUCUUCUUGUGGGGACCCGAUUUUGCGGGAGAGGAGCGAAUGCAGAGGUGGGGCGUAGACCGUGAGUGUUUUUGCUGCGAUUGUCACAUAUCAGGGCGUCCCGACUUCCAACGUUUGGCGGCCGCUGCUGAGAUCGCUCAACUCCGUUUCCUUGCAGAUUGGUCAGACUCGAUGCGCCCCUGGCUCGGACAUAAGCCGCCGCCGGGCUCCGGUAAAGAAGUUGGCUUCCCUUCUGACCCAGUUGAAGAUGGCUCGCCCGCUCCUGUUAGUCCACUUGUCGUCGAUGACUUGGGAGGCUUGCCCCCUUCUGCAGAGUCAGACAAGCUCUACCUGGAGUCUAGCGCCUUUCCUCCGCAAUUAGCCAGCACCUUUACGGCUACCGAGUAUCCUGCUGGAUCAAAUCCGCAUAGAGGCGAAAUUCCUGCUCACCUGCUGAGCGUGCUCGAAGCGCGCAGCAAAGCAGAGCGGAAACGACCACCUCAUCCAGGUCAAGCCCCCUGGGAGCCCACUGGAGACGUCUGGAACACUUGGAACAGACCUGACAAUGGGAGCAGGAGCACUCGAGCUGAUGCGAUGCACCCUGCUCAGCAAGGGUUGGACGUGGAUUGGCGAGUGGGACCUUUCGCGGGUUGGAGGCCGCCUCUGGCCGAAUUAUCCAGCUUCUUAGAUUCCAAGCUUGGAAUCAAACCUCUACCGAGAGUGCAGCAUGCAUUCCAGGCGCCUCAUAGACACAGCGGUGUUGACAACGACGAAGCGCGAGAGACGCUCAUAGCGGAGAGGCAGAAGUUGGUCAAGGCUGCAUUCUUGCACGCCUGGGAAGGGUACAAGACGUACGCGUGGGGUCAUGACGAGCUCAAGCCGGUGAGCAAGAAGCCAAACGACAACUUCAAUGUGAGUGGGUACCAUGCAUCGCAGGAUGUUGCGCAGUGAUGCUCAAAUACAAGAUGUUUCCCACUCGUAGGGCUGGGGUGCUACAAUUGUCGACGCUUUGGGCACAUUACUCAUCAUGGAUCUACCUGAGGAGUACGAUCUAGCUCGACAGCACGUCCGGGACAUCGACUUUGGCCUCGUUGGGGGUUCGCGCUCAGCGUAUGGCUCAUCCGAUGGGCGCGUACCAGUCUUUGAAACUUCCAUCCGAUAUCUCGGUGGCUUGCUCUCUGCGUACGACUUGUCAGGGGACGAGCUGAUGCUGGACAGAGCGGAAGAGCUCGCGCAGCUGCUUUCGCCCGCUUUCGAAACGCAUUCUGGCGUACCCAUCGGUCGUCUGCGGUUCGGCGAGCCUCCUUCUCACAGCGCUGGAAGCAGCGCGAUCCUGGCAGAGGCCGGAUCUAUGCUGCUCGAAUACACCAGACUUUGGCAGGUGACGGGUAACCGAACCUACUUUGACAAGGUGCAGCGAACGACAGAUUGGCUGGACAGGAAUAUGACCAAAGGCGCAGACAGAUUGGGAAGCCUGCUCCCCACUACUCUCUUUCCGGAGUCGAAGAAUUCGUACGGGUCAUAUUCUUUUGGCGGCAUGGCAGAUUCGUAUUACGAGUAUCUGAUCAAGGAGCAUCAGCUGCUCGGUGGGGCUCUGCAAUACGGCAGGAUGUAUGCGGAAACGAUCGACGACGCGAGGAAGCACCUCAUGCGCUCCAUCGGAGCUGUCCCGGCGGCGAGUAGCCUUCUGACGAUCGGUAUCAGUAAUGGGCACAGCUAGUGAGUGUCGAGUUGUUUGCGAUGUUGUAAACGUGAUUGCUUACACACUCUCUAUGAGGCGUUGCAGCACACCAAAGCUGGAGCAUCUGGCUUGCUUCUCCGGCGGGAUGCUUGGUCUCGGCUCCCGACUGCUGGGACGUGAACGCGACUUGGCUAAUGGACGUCGCUUCACAGAGACAUGCUGGUGGUCCUACAAUGCGACCGCGACGGGCAUAGGGCCGGAAGAGCUUGUGUUCUAUAGUGACUCCGAUCCAGAUCGGUUCGAAUUCAUCUGGGAGAAGGAUGGCACGUCUAGACGGGGUAAGCCGAGAGGCAGCCCAAUGGUCGGUGUGCGGCACAUGAGCACCGAUUAUCGCAAUCGACCAGAAGUUAUUGAGAGCGUGCUAUACAUGUGGCGUAUCACUGGCGAUCCGAUCUGGCAGGUGAGUGGCGAAGCCCGACACAGGCCGUAGGCUGUUCCUUGACUACUGACAGCUACUUGUGCGCAAACAAUCAGGAGAGAGGCUGGCAGAUGUUCUCAUCAUGGGUCACGCACUGCAUGACGGACGCCGGAUUCUCUUCGAUCUACAACGUGAAUGCUGUGCCAACGCAGAAGACCGACUCUAUGGAGAGCUUCAUGUUUGCAGAGGUAGCCAAGUGAGUCAGGGUGGGCGCAAUCCGGCGCCAACCUGUGGCUUACGUCACUGUAUGAACAGGUACUACUAUCUGCUUUUCUCUCCGCCUGAUCUCAUAUCACUCGAUGUGAGUUCAAAGCCGUAGCUAUAGCCAUGGACUCGUGCUGAUGAUUCACAAACCGGAUUCCAGGACUACGUGUUCACUACAGAAGCACACCCGCUGCUUCUUCCCAAGCGAGGUUCCUGGGGCGUUCCUGGCAAUGGCCCGCGCAAGCACUGGGACCCAGCAGCGGCGCACGUGCCGACAAAGGAGUCUGGCCUAUACUCGGGGGGCGAAGGUGGUCACGUUGGUGGCCUGACUUUUAAUCAAAAGACCAUUAUCGCCGAGAACUUUCGUAUGCAAGAGGAAGCUGAACAGCGGAAAGCGGAAGCGCUCGCGGCUGCAGCAGCGGCAGACAAUGAUCGUGCCCGCACGCCUCCAGUCGGCAGGGCGCUUGAUUCUGGCAGCGACGCAGCGACAGCUAUCGGCGCAGCUAUUCGGAAGUAUCUGAGCAGUACCGUAAACAGCGCGAUAAGCGCUGCGCCUGGCCUUUCAGGGACAACAACAGAGCAACCGCCGUCAGGCUAUGGACAUGUCAAGCCAAUCGGAAAGGAAGGCAGUGCCAUGUUGGCACUUCUCGAGGGUGAGGAAGGCAAUGUCGAGCGAUGGGCAACGCUUCACGGGUCAAGCCAAGCCCACAAUCCCGCAAAAAUCCUGAUCCCAUCCCCAUCUUUACGCUUGCACGAGCCUCAGCUGGUCGUUGAUGACGAUGGUGCACAGAUCAUUCAAGCUGCAGAACAGAAAGCACACCACGAACCUCACGUGGACAAGCACGGUUUCCCUUGGGGACAUCCAGGAGCGAAGACGUCGGCCGAAGCUGUUAGAUUUGCAGAGCUGAUAGCUAGUGAACGCACUCAGCGAGCCAACCUCGUAAGCGCAAUACGAUCGCUGCAACGACUGUCCAGGACCGCGGCCCACAAGGAGGAGAUUGUGCAGCCGAUACCCGAGGUAGACGACCACGCACAGUGUAAGGUCGGUGAACAGCCGUCGGCCGAUGAGCAAGAGCAGUGGGUGAUUGUGGAUCAGUACGGCGAUCCAUUGCUCGAAGUCGAUCUCUCAGAAGCCUCGCGAGAUAAGCACCCGUCCGCGCCUACUGGAGAGGUAGCCUCGCCGUUGCACGAAGUAGCUGAGCGGGACCCGAUUACCUCCAAGUCAUCCGAGUAA